AGACACAGAACAACUCCUCAUCCAAGAGAGAGCUACAAGAGCAGCAGCAGCUCUACUACUGAAGCUAAACUCUAGCUUUAACCAAGAGAACUACGAGAACUUAACUGAGAGAGAACCAAAAAACAGAAACUUCUUAACAACGAGAUCGACUCGAUCAGACGACAAGCUCCCUGACUACUCGCAAGAGACUAAGGAAGACUUUUGAAGAGCCCGAAGACUUAUUUUUGUCUAACAUACUCUGAGAAAACCCCAGAAGAAAAGCAAAAUGUCUGCUGGAAUGAACAUGAGGCUGAUUUCUUUCUUCUGUCUCACUCUCUCCUACCUGGCUGUGGCUCAGGAGUGCAGUGGGCAGUGCAGUUGUCCUGAUGUGCACCCCCAGUGUCCCCCUGGUGUGAGCCUGGUGCCCGAUGCCUGCGGCUGCUGCAGGGUGUGUGCCAAGCAGAUGGGCGAGCUUUGCACAGACAGGGACAUGUGCGACCCCCACAAAGGGCUCUUCUGUGACUUCGGCUCCCCCGUCAACCGCCGCAUAGGAGUCUGCACAGCUAAGGGUGGCGCCACCUGUGUGAUGGGUGGGAUGGUGUACAGGAGUGGAGAGUCCUUCCAGAGCAGCUGUAAAUACCAGUGCACGUGCCUGGACGGUGCCGUGGGCUGUAUUCCCCUGUGCAGCAUGGACAUCCGCCUGCCCAGCCCUGACUGCCCCUUGCCCCGCCGCGUCAAAGUGCCCGGGAAGUGCUGCGAGGAGUGGGUGUGCGAUGCCCCCCAAAACACAAACAUCUUUGUGGGCUCUGCUCUCGCUGCUUACAGAGAGGAGGAGACCUACGGGCCUGACCCCUCCAUGAUGAGGGAGAACUGCCUGGUCCAGACCACUGAGUGGAGCGCCUGCUCGAAGACCUGCGGCCUGGGCAUCUCUACCAAAGUAACCAACGACAACCGCGAGUGCCGCCUGGAGAAACAGUCCCGUCUGUGCAUGGUCAGACCCUGCGAGUCCCACAUGGAGCAGAGCAUUAGGAAGGGAAAGAAAUGCAUCCGCACACCAAGAGUGUCCAAGCCCAUGAAGUUUGAGAUCUCUGGCUGCACCACCACCAAGUCCUACCGCCCCAAGUUCUGCGGCGUGUGCACCGACGGUCGCUGCUGCACCCCCCACAGAACCACCACCCUGCCCAUGGAGUUCAAGUGCCCCGACGGCCAGGUCAUGAAGAAGCAGAUGAUGUUCAUCAAGACCUGCGCGUGCCACUACAACUGCCCCGGCGAGAAUGACAUAUUUGAGUCCAUGUACUACAAGAAGAUGCUGGGAGACAUGGCGUAAACAAUUACGUCACCUAACAGCAAAAACAACCAAUGACUCUUAACUUGAACCGAACAGAUAUCCAUCUCAUCUCGCAGCACAGCAUUUGUUUGUCUUUUGGUUUGUAAUUUUCUAAUUGUGUAUUUUGUACAAGGACAGAAACAUAUAUGCGUAUAUUCAAUGUAUAUGUAUGAGUGUAUUGAUGGAUGUUUAGGGCCACUUGCCCUAAAGAGGGGACGAAAGACAGGGGGCUACUCUGCUGCCCGAAAUAGAAUACUUACUGCACUAUAGUUCUACUAUGUGACAACCUAUGUUGUUGUCACUAAUUGGCUGAUGCCAUGUUCCCCUCCCCCGAAACUGUGGUGGGCACCUAAUUAACUGGGCUGUGUCCAACCUCUGAGCACUUGCAGUAACGAAGGGUGAAGGCUUUCAACCCCAGUACAGAAACUUAAAUCCUUAACCCACCAGAGUACUAGUUGAACGUACCCUUGUGUAUAGCUCACUGUUUUGCAGAUCCUAACUGUUGCAGUGCUAACGACAGGUCAUGGUUUAGCCCAUGCUGAAAAACAGCCGUCCUUCCAGACAAGGAGCGUAGUGUGCAUGCUUUGAGGGCAUGCCACAGCACUGAGAAAAGAGGUAUUUGACUUUGACUGACUGAUUCAGGUUGCAAGGAAGGAAUCAGUAUUUUGUCAAAAAAACAAAAAAAAGAGACUGGAUGAUUUGUAGCUUCAUUCCCUUUUAUAUGUAUUAUUGAUGCUGUAAAUAUUGUACAUAUUAUUGUACAGUUGUUUAAGUUAAUUUAAUGUUUUAAAAAGUUGUUUGUUUUUCUCUUCCUUCAACAUGUUUAUCGAUAGCUUAUUUGCUGGGUUUGACUGUUCCUGUGACAGUUUUGUGUACUAUUUUAUUGAGAAGUGUGACAAAAAAGUUACAUGUUUUCACUUUUGUAGUUUGGAAUAAAAUAUAUUUUUUAUAUAAA